AAUAUAUGUCUAGGUUGGUGUUUAAGUCCCAUCGACAAGUUUCUGCGCCAUUGUUGCGAAUUCAAAGACAAACAGCGCAAAAGCUUUGUCACUGUCCAUAUACGACAAAAUUGUGAUCUAGGAGGUCGCGCAGAUUGGGACACAACUCUUUCAAAGGCUAAAAGGUCACUCAAUACGGUUUAUUUGAAAGACGAUACAAAAAAGCAGCUCGUUAGUGACAUUGAAGAUUACCUACGCGGAAGCACCAGAAAGUACUACCACGACCGUGGGAUACCCUACCGACGAGGAUACCUCCUACAUGGACCUCCAGGGACCGGCAAAACUUCUCUCAGCUUAGCGUUGGCGGGUGAAUUCAAUCUCGACGUCUAUAUGCUGCAUAUCCCAAGCGUCCGCCAUGACAACGAAUUAACAACGCUCUUUACAAAAUUGCCGCGAAGCUGUAUCGUUUUGCUGGAAGAUGUUGAUGCUGUUGGGCUUCAGCGGCGACAUGCCUCCCAUUCAGACUCGGAAGAUGAGAGCGGUAACGAAGGUGGAAUUCCAGGCGCGUUUGGCAGGCGGUCCGCCGGUUCGCUUUCUGGGCUGUUGAACUCGCUGGAUGGCGUGGCAAGCCCAGAAGGCCGCAUCACCAUUAUGACUACCAACAAUAUUGAGAAGCUAGAUGAAGCGUUAAUUCGGGAUGGAAGGGUUGAUAAAAAAGUCUUUCUCGGGUAUAUGGACGAGGACUCGGCCAGACUGAUGUUCAUGAAGAUGUAUCAACUUCAAUCAGACUCACUCCCAUCUCUCGAAGUUGAGAACAACACCAACCAGCAAACCUGUCAAUCAGUGGACGAUAAAUCCACUCACAUCGACCUUGAGAACCUAGCGCAAGAUUUCGCCAGUCUAAUAACGACGAAAAGUCUUUCAGCUGCCAAAGUGCAAGGGUACUUGUUGUGUCACAAGGACAAUCCGCAGGCAGCGGUGGCGAACCUCCCCCACUUCAUGGACAACCAACCAGCCACGGGCAAGAAAACAACUCUUGGUAUAAAGCACAAGAAAAGAGCCCCUGGUGCGCAAGCCAAGGUUUGGCAGGAUAUCUUUAACCAGUCAACUGUGGCUGCCCCCAACAGCAGCAUAACACAGCCAAGUACAAAUCACUCGGAAAAUAGUGCCCACUCGCUUGGAACCUCACCAGUCGCAUCGCCAGCCUCAGAUGCUGGUACCUCGGCUUCAUCCUGCACAAUCACUGCCUGCGAUAAACGUCAAAUUUCGGUUCCCGUCCGCGCCCUUCAAAAGAACAGGCGAUCUGCCAGAACCAAAAAGUCAAAGGCCCGCAUACAACUGCCACCGUCUUCGAAAAGGUCGUCGCCUAAGAGGUCGAUCCUGAAAAACAAGAGCGACCCUUCGCCACCGUCUCUCGACCCUCGAGACUUCCCCAGGCUAUCACUCAGUCAGCUUCCCAAGAACGCGAUCGAUGAUGACGAUGCAAAUGAAACAUACCCUCCCGCAUCUCGAAUCCUUCCAGUAAGGUCGAGGCCAGGAUCCAGUGGUCCCAAUUCUCGACAGACGUCGAAGUCGCACUCUGUGGAAUACCAUGUGGGUAAACCGCUGCUAAGGGUUGUUGGUUUUGAAUAUUCGCCGAAGCGAUCCUUGUCGGACCGAGAGCUCCGCUCCUCUCUGCGUUUUGAGGCUAUGACACGAUCCCCCACCAUAGUUACGGAUGAAAUGCCCAAGCCGCUUUUUGAGCUGGCCCCAGAAUGGGGUGAGCAGCCUCGCAAGGCACCUCCAUCACCCGCAAAGUCCUACCUGCGAAGGGUCACAGAAGGUCAGUUCGACCAAUUUGGGGAGAUUCUUACUCCCUUCCGCUGUAAAAGUCGAGCGCGCGGUUCGGUUUCGUCUGGCAGUGUUGACGAGCUCUACCUGGCGUGCGAGCGGGCGGCACUGAGGUUUUCGGCUGAAAGAGAUGGGGCCUCUCCCUGCAGAUCUAUACCGUCGUCCUCUUCGCGAAGGUUGGGCUUGGCCACAGGCAUCAGGCUUUUCGAGAGGCUUCGCGAGUCGCUGCCCAGACCCAAGACCGCGACAGGUUCCCGGGGCUGCAGCGACGAGCAGAGGCCAAAGAGAGCAGCAACUCCAACCGACUGGAGACCUUCCACCGCUGCAGACAGCCCCCACUCAUCCAAAUUCAAAGAAGGCGGCUUCAACGGCCGACUUGCCCAUGGAGCCAUCAAGAUCGGGUCGUUCUACCCCGACGCCAGGAGCAGCACUAGUCAAAGCAGUGGCUCCUUAAUCCGUUCUGCUGAGCGGAGUCCCAUCAGCCCACUGGAGCCCAUACCCGAGGUUCAAUCGGUUAUGCGCUCGCAGUUCAAAGAGCUCAAGUGGGCAGAUGAGCAGAAGAAGUCAGACCAGGAUCAGAAAACGGACAAGCAGGCCCAGAAGGAGCCAAGCGAACAAGCAUCUAAGAAGGAUCGAGAGUCGUCAAGGUCUAGGUCUGAUCCCAGACCUGCUGCGGCAGGCAGACGACCCUUAAGACCAUUCACGAUUGACAGAAGCGGAAGGCGACCAUCCGGAGGUCUCGUUGGGCGAUCCACUGCCCAGGUUCAUGCUGCCCAACCCAUAGGGGCUACCUUUACACCCUUGCCAUCCGUUAACACGAUCCUCAGGCCCGUCUCGUCGGCCACGACAGCCAAAUCGCCCCUGUCUGCAUCACCCGAGGCGCCUCCAACGGCGACAAGCAGUGCUUCUCCCAUUUUUGAAAACAUGAACCCGCUCCCGGCGCUCAGGCGGGCCAUGUCGGACCUGAUUCCGGAAAGGCCGGCAUACCCUUACGAUCCACUACUCGACAACUACGCCCCUAAGCAGCCCUUCCACAUUCAAUGGCGCCGCGGCAGCGUCGAUGGCCAACAAUCGCCUGUAACGACCCACAUGGCCUCGCCACCCAUAAGGUCUCAAAGGAGUUCAGCUUCCACUCUGCCCUUGUCGUUGGAUCCCAACAUCAUGACCACGCCUUCUGGUGCUUCUCAUCCGGGACGACCGUUUGUCACCGAGUCGAUUGCGCGAUUCCGAGGAGUGUAUCAAGUAAUGCAAAAAGCCCGGCGCUCCCGUCCUAGUCAGCUAGAGGUCGGGCCCGGAAUGGCUGUAAGGCCCACCCCCGCUUUUCGUAUUCUUUUGACCAGGCAGCCGCUAAAGGCAGGCCUCUCCAAUCCUCGAGUUUUGCAGAAAUUGUGA